CUGCGCCCUGUGCCCCGUUGGCGUCCCACAGCCAUGGCCCUGGUCACCGUGCAGCGCUCCCCGACCCCGAGCGCCGCAUCCUCGGCCGGCAGCAGGACCAGCGGCGCGACCGCCAGCAGCGGGACCUGCACCGAUUUUGGGAGUGAGGAUGAUCGGAAGCUGAACCGGAGCUUGAGCGAGAGCUUCUUCAUGGUGAAAGGUGCAGCCCUCUUCUUGCAGCAGGGUGGCAGUUCCCAUUGUCAGAAGGCUCAACCCAACCACCAGUAUGCAGGUGACCUCCCUCAGCACCUUCAGAUAAUGAUCAACAUCUUGCGUUCAGAAGACAGAAUUAAACUGGCCGUGCGCCUGGAGAGCACGUUGUCUGACCGUGUGCGCUAUAUGGUGGUGGUGUACACCAGCAGUCACCAGGGCACAGAGGAAAAUAUCCUUCUGGGCAUGGACUUUAUCAGCAAGGAGAGUAAAAACUGCUCUAUUGGAAUGGUCCUACCAUUGUGGAGUGACACCAAGAUCCAUCUCGAUGGGGACGGGGGUUUCAGUGUGAACACAGCAAGCCGGUCGCAUGUCUUCAAGCCGGUGUCCGUACAGGCCAUGUGGUCGGCGCUACAAGUCCUCCAUAAGGCAUGCGAGGUGUCGCGCAGGUACAACUACUUCCCCGGUGGCCUGUCACUCACCUGGACGAGCUAUUACGAGAGCUGCAUCGCCUCCGAGCAGAGUUGCAUCAACGAGUGGAACGCCAUGCAGGACCUGGAAAGCACACGACCCGACUCGCCCGCCCUAUUUGCGGACAGGCCCACCGAAAGAGAACGGACCGAAUGCCUAAUCAGAGCCAAGCUAAGGAGCAUCAUGAUGUUCCAAGACCUGGAGAAUGUUACUUCCAAGGAGAUCCGAAACGAGCUGGAGAACCACAUGAACUGCAACCUGAAGGAGUACAAGGAGUUUAUCGACAACGAGAUGCUGUUCAUCCUUGGCCAGAUGGACAAGGCAACGCUCAUAUUUGACCACUUAUACCUGGGGUCCGAGUGGAACGCCUCCAACCUAGAGGAACUUCAGGACGCAGGCGUGGGCUACAUACUAAAUGUCACCCGGGAGAUUGACAACUUCUUCCCAGGCACAUUCCUGUACCACAACAUCCGAGUGUAUGAUGAGGAGGCCACCGACCUGCUGUCCCACUGGAAUGACACCUAUAACUUCAUAGUGAGGGCCAAGAAGAACCAGUCCAAGUGCCUGGUCCACUGCAAGAUGGGGGUGAGCCGGUCGGCCUCCACGGUCAUCGCCUACGCCAUGAAGGAGUACGGCUGGUCGCUGGAGAAGGCCUACGGCUUUGUCAAGCAGAAGAGGAGCAUCGCUUGUCCCAAUGCCGGCUUUAUGAAGCAACUGACUGAGUACGAGGGCAUCCUGGAUGCCAGCAAGCAACGCCACAACAAGUUGUGGAGACCCAGCCCUGCUGGCGAUGCGCUGGAAGGGCCACAGAAGGUCCAGUGUGGCAGUACCAAUGGCUCAGAUGACACGGCUCGGGAUCCCACCUCUGGCGACAGCGGCUCCGGCAGGAGCGCUGACCAGGAGAAGGACGCCGCCGACCCGCCCAACUACAACUAUUACUUCCGACGGCUCUCAGACUCGGCUCUGGACUGCGAACCCCCCUCGCUGGGCGCCCAGGGCGUCUUCAUCGAAGUGGAGGACGUGGAGAGAGACGCUCUGCUGGACGACGGUGGCUUCGCAAGUCGCCAAGCCCACUCGACUUCACACAGGGAGUCGCUGGAGGAGCUGCGCGCGCGGCUGGAAUUCAGCACCGUGGAGGAGGACGCCGAGCGGGACGAGACGUCGGCUCGACGGGGGAGGAGCGCGGGCAACGGGGAACGAGGAAGGGUGGGCUCCUGCUGCUCCUCUCUGACCGCACGGAACAGCUCCAAGAAUGAGAACACCAACAACAGCAACCGCCUGAGCAUUAAACGCUGCUGCCCCCUGGGCUUCGAUGACAGUGCUAGCAGCGGAAAGCCUUACAAAGUGAAGCCCUCCUACCAGCCACCCGGCCGAGUCCACAAGCUCGUGGGCGCGGACCGUGUCCGACGCCUUAAUCCUGCCCGUUUCGGUGGCAUCGCCAAGAACCUCGUGCCGCUCCACGUAGCCCAGGCCCUGCCUCCAACUGUGCACCUCGAGUCCUACCGCCAGCAGCUGGCAUCACCGAUGAACUGUGACGAGCUGACCAGGGAUCUGCAUUUCUCUUUGGAUGCAGACGCCAUGGACGAACUGCAGAAGGAGGACGAGAGACCGGAGGAGGAAGGUUGCGGCCGCAUGGCUGCUCCCAGUGCUGGAACCGAGCUCACCCUGAUGGAUCUCAGCCUGGGGGCAGACAGGCCAGCGACGCCCGGGGAUCUGACUCAGUUGGAGCUGUCCGGCCUGGUCCGCAGACGUGCCGAGAGGCUGGAGAAGUUGGCGGCGCUCCGUCCUGAGGCUUCCAACCUUUUGGAUGCCAUGGAGGUGGAAGCCGGUCUUGUCGAGGCGCCGUUGAAGGAAGGGCAGGGUGCACAGACCAACAACUCCAGCACCAGCACCAGCAGCAGCAGCAAUGUGCGUGGUGCUCCGGUGAAGCCCGAUCCGCCCCUGGGCAGCCUCACCCUUUCUGCAGGGGAUGUUCCCCGUGCCAAGCCGCUCCCAGGGGAGGCGGAGCUACUGUACACCUUAGACUUACGCAACGGACCAACAGGGGAUGACCCAACAACGCCUUUGUUAAAAAGCCAAAGGAACUGAUGCCCUAUAGCCUGAAUCUGAACUUGAUGAGUCCCUCCACAGCUUCCUACAGACAUGGUCAUGGGUGCUUUGGGGGGCAAUCAGCCCUGAGAAGAACUUCACCCACAGUGCUGUAAUUUAGUGUCAUAUUUAGUAGAAAAAGAUGCCAAAAAACGGUUGUGUGGACACAAGCUCGUGUUGCAUGAGGCUCAGUGAAUGAGUACCGCUGUGCUUAAUGUGGAAGGACUCACGUUCUCUCUUUCCCAACCUCCCCCAGGCAGCCAGACUGGUUGACUUUGAACAGUCUCACUUCUUACUCCUGUUGCAGUUUUAGGGAAGUUCCUGCUUCCCAUAUUUCAAGAAAGUUAUGCAAUAUUUCACGGUGGAUCACAAAUACAGGUAAAGCUCCACGAAUAAAAACCACGUGGCGUACGUCUAGUAACGGAUUCAAGGUCCCUCUGAUACUUAAUGUAAUGAUAGUGUUCAAUUUGGUAAAUAUAGUCCAUUCAUUGUGGCCAGGUAUAUUAUGUAACGUAUGAUUCUCGCUGCAUUAACUGGUGUUUUACAGGAGAGCACAUCUAUGAAGCAAAGGAUAGUCUGGUGCGUCCCCCGUUCUUGUAUCUUUUGAAUAAUUGCUUCGAAUCACGUUCUGUAGGUGAAUCCACCUUCCCUAGCGGUAGAGCUGUCCAUCAAGGGCAAUAAUUUUACAUCUGCUUACACCAUAUUAUACCACCUGCUGCCCACUUAAACAAGGGCUCUCGGUCAAUAUUGUCUGACCCAGUCAUCACUUGUACUGUAUCCAAAAACAAACCUCACUCCGUGUCAUAGAAACUCUGCCGGAUCUUCUUCCGGGAGCAGUUGCCAGUCAAGCCGUCAGAAAUGAGAGCCGAAAAAAUUGCUCAGUCGUUCGGCUGAUGAAAACUGACACGUUAAGGGUUUCGUCGCUCUGCUUUCACCUGAAUUCACCUUUCUGGCCUACAUCCCCAGCACUGGCCCCGCUAUUCUGUGGACCGAAAGGCCUCUGGCUGCCGUGAUUUAAAGCACCGACACACUGCUCUUAUGCAAAGGCCUUCAAAUUCGUCCUGCUUUUUUUUACAUUUUCAAGGACGCACUUGAAUUCAUUAGCAUAUAUCAGGCAAGUUUGUAAGAUCCGAAUGCAUCUGUGCUGCGGCCUUCUGAAAUAAUUUGGCCGUCGCCCGCUCUGUUUAGAGCAAACCGUUCCCUAGUGUAAAUUUCCAUAACAGGCGACGUGAGUGUGAACGAUAUAGUUAAAGGCAUAAAUCUGUGGCACUUGACAUUGCGAAGGUAGAGGAAAAGUUCGAAAUGCAAAAUGAUAGGAGCAUAGAACUUAGCUGCACAGGUGGGCCCCGAUUUACGGUGGGGUUACGUUCCGCGAAACCCAUCAUCAUAAGUCGAAAAUAUCGUAAGCCGAAAAUGCAGUUAACGCACCUAAUACGCACUUCUACGUGACAGACCGGGCGACGCGGAUCGCUGCCGCUGCCCAGCAUCGCGAGAGAGUAUCGUACUGCAUAUCGUUU